AUGCAGGAUUUCGUGAAGGCAAACUGUCAGCGCACUUGCGGGUAUUGCCCAACCUCCACUACAGCCCCGGCCUCUGCACUGACUGUUGCUACACCAGCUCCGGAGAAAUCAUGUGCCAGCGCCGUGGAUAGCAACGCAAACUGUGCUUCAUGGGUUCAAAAUGGUUUUUGCUCGAAUACCUUCUAUACUAUGGAGCAAAGAAAGACACUGCUUUCAAAAUUACAAACAUCCAAUCCGAAGGAUUCGGUGCUCACUUGUUUCGCAAUUAAGGGAAAAAAGAAAGAAGGAAUUUCUAUGAGGCGAAUAGCGAGCGAUGACCAAACUUCAAAUUCCAAUGGAGAUACUGAGCACGUACGAGGGCAUAGGAUGUACAGGAGCACUAAAACAAAUUCAAUAAGUGUUGGAAAUACUGUUUAUGAUACUGUUCUUAGGAUUAUUUUGAGUCUCAGACAAGAAUCGAUUUUAAAUUUUUUUCUCUCCAAUACUUCGCAGCUUGUAAAUGAAAUAAAGGUCCAUUUCAGUCAGAAAUAUCCUCUAGAAAAACGUUUGUCCAAGACUGCUUUUCGAUCAAAAGUUUAG